UCCACUUUUGUUUGCAGCUCUUACAUAGGGAAGUUUCAGUGUGGAUAUACUGAAUAUUCUUGCAGUUUACAAGCUUACAACUAUUUCCAUUACAUCAGGAUAUUGUGUUGUCAGUAACAAGUGAUGAAUCAUGUCAAAGGGGGGGGCAUGGUCUGUUAGAGAGGUGCUGCUGAAGACACUGGAAGAUUUGGGAGAUGAAGAUUUUAAGAAGUUCAAGUGGUUCCUGCAGGACUCUGACAUCCUGGGAGACCUCGGAGUCAUCCCAAAGUGUGAACUGGAGAAAGCAGACAGGAAGGACACAGUGGAUAAAAUAAUCCAGAAGUAUAACCAGCAGUCUGUAGAGGUAGUGAAGAAGAUUCUAGAGAAGAUCAACAGGGCUGAUCUGGUGGAGACAUUGUCAUCAAGCUUCAGAACAGCAGAACGAGAAGAGGCUCUGCUGCGACCUCCAGUGGUCAAAGCCACUAAAGAUGCUCAGAAGAAUAACACCUCACUGAAAUAUGAAAAUAUCAUCUCUAAAAGUGCUCUGAUCCAAUCAGGAUCUCCCACUGUCUACCAGCUGAAACCAAACAAAAAGAAGUUUGGAACUUGGACAGGAAUAACUGUUGGAGAAAAAGACCCUGCAAAGACAAACAGAACCAUUUUACUUGUUGGUGAAACAGGAACAGGAAAAUCUACUCUGAUCAACACUCUGGUCAACUACACCAUGGGAGUGAAGUGGGAGGACGAUGUCUGGUUUCAGAUCGUAGAGGACGAGAAGAGAAGUCAGUCAGAGAGUCAGACAUCAGAUGUGAUCGUUUAUCAGAUCUUUGGUUUUGAAGAUAAAACUCUGCCCUACUCUCUGACCAUCAUCGAUACUCCUGGAUACGGAGAUACCAGAGGGAUUGAACACGAUGUCAUCGUCAGUCACAACUUAUUAGACUUGUUCCGCUCAGAGGACGGAGUCCAUGAGAUCAAUGUAGUGGGUCUGGUGCUGAAAGCUACUGAGAACCGAGUGAGUGACCGACUGAGGUACAUCUUUGAUUCAGUUCUGUCUCUGUUUGGAAAAGAUAUGGAGAUGAACAUUGUUGCCCUCAUCACUUACUCAGAUGGAAGAUCACCUAAAAAUGUCCUGAAAACCCUCGAGGCUGCAAAAAUUGAGUUUGCAAAAGAUAAAAAUAAUCAGCCUGUUCACUUCCUGUUCAAUAACUGUCAGGAUGAAGACAGGACAGAGGACACAGAUGUCCUUAAACAUGCAGCUAAAACAUCAACAAAAGGACUGAGACAGUUCACAGACUUUCUGGAAAAAAUUGAUCCUCAAAAGCUGAGGAGAACUGUAAAGGUUCUAAAUGAACGAAUCACACUGACAGCCUGCGUCCAAAACCUGAAGGAGAGAGUUGAGUUUAUUGAACUGAAACAGAAAGAACAACAGACUCAGGGAGAAAUGAAGACAAAUGAACAAGAGAAGAAGAAGAAUGAGAAGUUCACUGUAGAAGUUGAUGAGGUCUACAAAGUUAAAGAACCUAUUGAUGGUUGGUGGUGGGGGUUGAUGUUUUAUGAAGCAGCUGUCUGCUGUAAAGUCUGUGAAGAGAACUGUCACUAUCCUGGAUGUACAGUGGCCUGGAGUCCCGGACAGUGUGAGGUCAUGAAAGAUGGUCGCUGCACUGUUUGUACCAGGAAGUGUCCUGUAUCAGAUCAUGUGAAAGAUAGGUGGAUCUAUGUGACCAAGACAAGAAAAGUUCAGCAGACCCAGAGAGAAGUGAAAGAGAAGUAUUAAAAGAACAAGACAGAAAGUGAGAGCAGGUUGAGCCUUUUGGAAAAUCUAAAGAAGGAAACAGAAGAACUUCAGAAAGAUAAAGAUCAGUGGUUGGAAGAGUCCUUCCAGCAUGUUGUCAAACUGGAGCAGAUCGCCCUGAAUACUGAUUCACUGUCCACUCUUGUCCACUUGGACUUCCUGAUUGAGAAGAUGAAGGAGAAAGGAGACACAGAGAAGGUCCAGAAACUGGAAGAGAUGAAAAGACGAGUGGAUAAAGGAACCAGAGCAGUGCUGAGGUACAAACAGCAGCGAUGCUGAAGUAGGUUAACAACAUGAUCAUCAGCAGAAAGCUGUUUAGAAGAUCUACACUGUUGAUACAAAUGUUUAAACAUCACAAAAUGUUUUUCAUUCUAUUUCUGUUAAGUAUGAUGUUGAUGUAAUAACUACAGAAGAAAAUGUGGUAUGUAAUAACUUUUAGUUACUUCACUGUACAGUUCUGAUCCGUGUAGUCAGGAUUUGUUGAGAACAUAGGCCUACACUAAGUAUUAUGUUACAGAAAAAAUAAUCUAAUUUUACUAUUAACUGCUAUCCUGAAUGUCAAUGAACCUUUAAACUCAAUAAAGUUUUAUUUCUGUUUACCAUAAA